GAGCAACAAGAUGAAGGUGGAUCUGAAAAAGUAGAAGAUUCUCCUCCUGGUGAUGCUAACCCAAUACCAGAAGAAUCUCCUGUAAAGCUAGAUGAUGAGAUAAAAACUACAGAAGAUGAUGAGAUGAAAACUACAGAAGAUUCUAACGAGGUUUCAAUAAAAACUGAAGAUCAGACACAAGAUGGAAAGGUGGAUGAGGAUAAAGCAAAAGAAGGUGCAGAGAAUCAUGUUGAUGUACUUCCAAGUGUACACGAGGAUGAAAAUACUGUGUCAAAGGAUUCUCCACAACCAGAUAUUCAGAGUUCAGAGAAGCCUGAAGAUGCGGUAGAACCAGAUAAAGGGCAGAAUUCUUCUAAAACUGAAGAAAAACAAGAAGUAUCCACAGAAGAUGAGGAUGUUAAAGAAGCUGAAAAGUCUGAAAUUGUCAGUGAAGCUGUGAAACAAGAUGAACAACCUGAUUCUACAGUGGCAUCCACUGAUCAAGAGAAAGCAAAUGACGAGAAAGUGGUUGAGAAGAUUGAUGUACAAGAUUCUUCUGAUGUGGAAACCAAAGAGGACGACAUCUCAAAAAAUGACUCUGGAGAAGCUUUCGAAGUUAAGAAAGAAAAAGAUCCAAGUCAGGAAGAUGAAGAAGAUAAAGUUAAUGAUGAAAAACCUGUGGAAGAGUCCGAAAAGAUUUCUGCACAGGAAGAAAAACCACAACCUGCGGAAGAAGAACAAAUUGAUAAAGAUAAAGCUGUAAAAGAAGAGAAAAACACAGAAGAAGAGGGAAAACCAAAAGAAGAGGAUGGAAAACCAGAAGAAGAGGAUGGAAAACCAGAAGAAAAGGGUGGAAAACCAGAAGAAGUGGAUGGAAAACCAGAGGAAAAGGAUAGAAAACCAGAAGAAGAAGAUGGAAAACCAGGAGGAGAGAAAAAAGCACAGAAAGAGAAUGAACAAUCAGUGGAAAAAAGUGACGAAGCAAACAUUGAACCGCCUGUUUUUGACGUACCAACAGAAAAUGCUGAAGGAGAUGACUCGAAGCCAUCAGAUUUUUACUAUGACUAUGAGGAAUAUGCUUCAACAAGUUACGUCUCUCCAGAAUCUGGCAUUCCUGAAAAUAUUUUACACCUUUUUCAUUCAUUUGGUUAUGAUAGCAAGAAAAAAUCCAACUUAAGUUUGUUACCUGGGCCAACAGCUGUCUUCGCUGCUGGAAAUCUAGUGCAUCUGCUUGAUCUAACAGCAAAUACUCACAAAUUUUUGAGAAGUAGUAGUGGAGGAGGUAUUGGUGCUGUGACUGUUCAUCCUGAGUUGACUCAUUUUGCUGUUGCUGAGAAAGGACAAAAACCUCAUAUUUUGAUUUAUGAAUUUCCAUCACUCAAGUUGUUCAGGAUUUUGCAAGAGGGAACAGAAAGAGCUUAUUCAUUUGUUGACUUCAAUCCAAAUGGAAAUCUUCUGGCAUCAGUUGGUUGUGCACCAGAUUUCAUGCUUACUGUGUGGGAUUGGAUAAAUGAAAAAAUUAUGUUGCGUACAAAGGCAUUUUCACAAGAUAUUUUCAGAGUUAAAUUUGCUCCGGAACAAGAAGGCCAGCUUUGUUCUAGUGGAACAGGACAUAUCAGAUUUUGGAAGAUGGCACGCACUUUUACUGGACUGAAGUUGAAAGGAGAGUUGGGACGUUUUGGCAAAACUUCUUUAUCUGACAUUGGUGGUUUUGUGCAGUUACCUGACGGCAAAGUGCUUUCUGGAUCUGAGUGGGGAAAUCUGUUACUUUGGGAUGGAGGGUUGAUCAAGGUUGAAAUCUGUAGGAAGGGAAGAAAAUCAUGUCAUGCAGGUUCAAUACAACAACUUGUCAUUGAUGAAGGAGAAUUGAUUACUAUUGGUGUUGAUGGAUUUGUAAGGGUUUGGGAAAUGGAGUCAAUCGAUACGGCAGAUACGACUGAUGAAUCUGAUGUUUUUGAAGUCGAACCAAUGAAUGAAUUAAAAGUUGGAUCUGAGGUUCAAUUGACAAGUAUGGUUAAACUGCGAGAAACAAAACCUGCAGAUGAAUCGGAAGAAUCAAUUGAAUCUAUAUGGUUUGCACAGGAUGCUAAUGGCGGCAUUUGGAAACUUGAUUUGUCAUUUUCACACACUACGAAACCUCCAGAAAAGUUGUAUUCAUAUACAGCUGGAAAAAUUAGCGGGCUUACGGCGUCACCUGCAAGUCAUAUGGUUGCUGUAACUGGAGAUACAAGUGUUCGUAUUUAUGAUUACCUUACGAAAGAUGCUCUUUGUGAAUAUAAAUGUCCGAUGUUGUCUAACAGUUCAUCUAUAUUAUGGCCUGGAAAGUUGAUUUAUGCCAAGUCAAAUAUUCUUCUUGUUGGAUUUUCAAAUGGCUUGUUGAGAUCAUUAAUUCUUCAGACAAACGAAGAUGAGAAGAGUUUAACAUUGCAGCAGGUCCUCAAGCCACACACUCAAGAAGUUACUGCUUUGGCAAUUCAUCCUGAUGACAGGAUACUCGCGACUGGAAGCAAAGAUCAAACUGUUUUCUUUUUCAAACUCAACUCGGUCAUUGAGCCAAUAGGAUUUGUCUCAGUUCCUGGACCUGUCUCCCAUUUACAAUGGUCACCCGAAUCUUUUUCAUCUUCCACUCUGCUUGUUUGCUGCUCUAAUGGAAAAGUAGCAGAGGUGGCGAAACCUGGUAUAGGUGCUUUCGAUACAUCUCAUUCAUAUAAACUGACUUUACCAAUGAAAUAUUUUUCAUUCCAAAGUAUAAAAUCACAGCUGCGUAGAGAUGAAGCAAGGGAGAGGAAAAGAAUUGAAAAAGAAAAUAAACUGAAAGAAAAAAAGAAAGAACUAAAAAGAAGAAAAGAUAGAGGUGAGGAAUUCUCUGAGGAGGAAGAGAGAGAAUUUCUCAAUGUUGAGGAGGAAGAAGAAGAGGAGGAACCACUCUUUUUCCCUGCAAAACCCUCACCACUUCAUGCUGCUUUUUACAGCGAAGAAAACAAGUUUAUUUUGUCAGUAGGGGAUUAUGAUGCAGGAUAUUUAUAUGAGUGUGAGUUUUCAUCUGAUGCAGUCUCAGUGCAAAAUCCUGACAUUGCUCCUGCAGAACCUAUCAACUCUCUUGCUGUGCCAGAGUCAAAUGAUAUUCCUGCCACAACCAUUUACCAUAGUCAAAAUGCACAUUGUCUAUUGGUUGGAUUUCAAAAUGGAAUAAUAAGAGUGUAUCCAUUGGAAAAAGAUGUCAAUAUGGAAACAUUCAAAAUGGACGUCAUCACCUUACCAUACUGGCAAUUAAGCAUGCAUGACAAUGAGACAGGAUUCGUAUCCAGCAUAUGUGAAAGUAAUGACGGUGCAUUCCUAUUCACUGGUGGUAAUGAUGGUAAUAUUUAUGGAUAUAACUUUCUACCAUUUGAAGAAGUUUAUAAAGCAAUGGAAGGACAAAGAGCGAGAUUGCCUUCGGCUAGAAAAGAUGCAGAUGAAGUUCCUGCAGAUGACAUUGAUGAUCCACAAGCAUACAGUAUUGAAGAUGCAAAAUUAAAAGCUGAACAUGAUCGUUAUAUGAAAGAAGCUGAAGCAAAGAAAGCUGAAGAAAGACAAAAAAUUCAAAAACUUCGGCAUAUUUUUACUGAUAUAAUAAAAAAGAAUGAUCAAUUACCUGAAAAUGUGAGACUGAAACGAGAGGAUUUUGAGCUCGAUCCAUCAUUGAGAGUAAACAUGCAUGAAGCAACUAACAAAAGAAUUGAAAGAGUAAGAUUGGAAAUGCAAUGGGAAAAAGAAAAAUUGAAUCUUGCUACAAGGAAGUUAAAGAAUCGAUUUUCGGAUAUGAUAGAUUGUCCACGAAUCACAUUACAUGCUUUGAAUUCUGAACACACUGUUUCUUCAUAUCGAAUCACUCGAUUGGCCGAUGAGUAUUUCGAGCUUGAAAAGAAUAUCGCAGAACGAGCUCGACUCGGUAGCUUGGAUGGAGGGAAUAUAAAAGGUCGAAGAUUAUCCGAUGGUUUGGAUAUGGGGAGAAAGCAAAGCACAAAAGAAGAACUAGAGCACCAGCAAUCCUUCCUUCAAGGUGCCGUCAAAAAACAAAAAGGAACUACAUUACAAGGUAGACAGGCUGAAAAAGUUGCAAAGGCAAUAAAAAAAGCUGAAGAAGCUAAAAAGAAAAGAGAACAAAGACAGAAGGAGUGGGAUGAUUUAUACAAGAGCAAACCUGCUGAGAAUUAUGAAGAUCCAGCUGAUAUAUCAGAUAUUCAAGAAGCUAAAGCCAAUAUUGGUGAUUUCAAAUUGAAGACUGCUUCUGAUUAUGUUGUACCAGAACAUUUACGAAUGGACACUGAAAAAAAGAAGACACAGAUAUUGAUUCUGCAGGGUUUGAUAUUUCAAGCAAAAAAAGAAUUCAACACAAAGUUAACAUCAUUGAGAGACAACAAGCAAUCACGAAUUGGUGACAUUAAAGAAUGGGUGAAAGAAUUGAAGGAAAUUCAAAAGAAAUUAAACGGAACAUUGAGAAAAACUCUUCCAAAAGUUCCUAAAAUGAAACCAGAUGAAUUACCAGAAAGAAAAUAUGAUUAUACCCGGGAUACUCUACUUGAAUUCCAGGCUCUAGAAAAAGAAAGAGAAUUGGCUGAUGCAAGUAAAAAGAGAUCUGGAAUGGGAAUGUUUGGUGGUUUUGAUGAUGAGGGUGGGCAAGAUGGUGAGGCAGAAGGAGAUAAAGAAGAACAAGCCACAAAAAGUGUCAAAAGUUCGAGUACACCAAGCCGAAGUAGACAUUUGUCAAAAGCAUCAAAGACACAAAGUCGUCUUGAAAUUGAGAUUGCGAAGAUCAAUGAAAUCAAACUUGUUUAUCAACGAAACAAGUUAUUGAGAAUGAUAAAUCAAAGCAUAACAGCAUUUGAUGCAGAGUUACAUUUGUUAAGACAUGAGAAAACACAUUUAGACGUUGAUAUUAAAAUGGCAGAUCUGAGACAAAUUACCUUGCUUGAAGAACUGAUUCUUUUGAAAGAAUAUGAGAAACGUGAAAAUACGUUAUCGGGAAGAGUAUCUGGGAAAAGAAUGGAGUUGAAUGAUGUUUAUACUAAGGUUGCUGAUAUGCAAGUGAAGCUGGAAUCAAAGCGACGUGACAUUGAAAAGCUAACUGACAGAGAAAAGCAAUUGUAUGCUACAUUCAACAGCUAUCUUGGAGACAACAAUAAGUUUGCUGAUUUUCUAACUAGAGUCUUCAAGAAGAAAAUCAAGAGAGCAAAAAAGAAGAAAGCUGAAGAGGGAGAGGAAGAAGAAGGCAGUGAUAUGUCAUCAGAUGAUGAAUCUGAUUGGUCGAGUGAAGAAGAAGAAGAUGACUCUAUUGAGGGUGGUUUUGAUGACUCUGUUUGUCCACCAGGAUGUGACCAGCAACUAUUUGAUGAUGUUCUAAACCUGAGAGAGAAACGCCUUGACCUUGAAGAAGCUCUGGUGGAAGAGAAGAAAAUAGCAGAUCAACAGAAGAAAGAUAUGGAUUCUCUUGUGAAAAAAUCAAAAGUUAUGGAAAGCCAACUGAAAACCGCAUUAGAUGCAUUAGAAGAAUUUCAGGUUGAGAAACAAGGAAAAUUGAAUGAAUUAGACGUUGUAGUUCCUUUACAUCUUCACCAAGUAGAGCAUGUAUCAAAUGGUGUUGUUCCUGCUGAUCUGUCUUCAUGUCUUGUAUUCACAAACCAAUCUCUGAUCGGUCUUCAACGAAGAAUCAAAGAACUUCAACACGAAAAAGCAGAACAAAGAUCAUUGUUCAAGGAUGCUCGGAUGUCACAUGUUCGUUUAAUCAAAGACCGAAAGAUUAUGGAACAGAAAAUUGAAAGAUUGGAAGAAAAAUGCGAGCAAAUGAUGAUGUUGAAGUUCGGAAGAAUUGUUGAUCUCGAUAAACUUGAUUCUAUCACAAUCAACAAAACUGUUGAGGAAUUAAAACAAAAAGUUCAUCAGAAUGAGUUGAAAAAUUCAGCAAAACUUCUGAGGCUUGAUAACCUUAUCAGUGAAUUGAAAGACACAAUAACUCAGCUAACUCGAGUAAACACCCGUCAUCUGGAAAAAUACAAUAUUCUUGUGAAUCAGAAAACUAGUCUUGAAAAGAACUUGGAUCAACGACAAAAAGAUUUGAAUUUUGACCAAAAUGGAGAUAAGAAGUCAGAUACAAGAGAAAGACAAAGACUAAUGCAACUUGUACAACUGCAAGCUCAAGAAAUUCAGGCUUUGAAGGAAGAAAUUGGUUUACUAUCUCGAAAAGGAGGCCACAUACUACCCCCAGCACAGCCACCAAUUACUCGAGAUGAUGAUUUAUAACGGAGAUUUUCAAACUUAUAAAAUUUAAUUUACUGAUUCUAAUCUUAUCAAAUGUGAAGUAUUACACUUGUUCACAGUUCAUAUUUUGCAAACCAAACAUUUAGUGUUCACCAGUUUUGUUUAUUUUUUCGUUUUUCAAGUCCGUAUAUACAUGUAUUAAUGAUUCUUGUGUUGUGUGUUACACAAAUUACAAAUAAAUUUUUG